GUGGCUCUCCGGAAAACUAAGUUCAUCUGCUCUCGCUCUCCGGAGUUUUGCAUGCACGUGAGAGCUGGAUUACGGCGCUGCAAGAAGGUGCCACAGUGUUUGUGUGUGUGCAACGCGGUGUUCGUGACUGGGUUUAACAAACCAGGUUAAAGCUCUGUGCAUUCAGGCACACUUCGCCACCCUUCAACGACUCCAAUGGCUUCUCAAGUGAAGCAGACGACAGUCCGAAGGUCAAGCGGAUAGCGUGCCAUUUCCCUCCUCCAAGUAUCCAGAGCUCGUAAUGCUGUUAUCAGACCGUCCCCCAUGCGCAGGCACGGAAGCCCGUGGCUAGGAUGGAGUGCUCCGACACAGGCGAGUGCAUCAACAUAACCAGUCUUAGCGACUACGGACCCUACCCGGACUUCACGCAGAUUCCGGCCGUGUGUGGCGCUUUCGUCGCUCUCUAUGGCUGCGUUAUGGUGCUUUCGCUGGCCGGCAACGCCAUGGUGUGCUGUACCGUGUUUCGGAACCGUAAAAUGCACACGGUUGUCAACUACUACAUUGUGAAUUUGGCAGUGUGUGACUUUGCGGUGGGUGGUUUCGUCUUGCCAGUUAAGCUCAUGGAGUUGGCAGGCCCUGCGCAGUGGUCCUUCAUGACGAACGCCUUGUGUACAGCCAUGCUUUAUCUGCAGACGAUCGUCGUAUUUGCGUCUGUGCUCACGUUAGUUGCCACGUGCUUGGAAAGGUACUUCGCCAUCGUGCACCCCCUAGUGUCCCGAAUGCAGCAGAGCAAGGCCCGAGCCAAGCGCAUCCUUCUGGCAGUGUGGGCCACCCCGUGCCUCGUGGCCCUUCCGUUCCUGUAUCCUGCCCGGGCAGAGUCAGACACACUGACGUCACAGUACGGGAGCAUCUCGCGUCGCAGUUGCCUCAUCACGUUGGAAGAACGCUUCCGACGGGGCUAUUACGCUUUCCUGUUCCUCUUCAUGUACCUGUUGCCACUCAUUUUUAUCGGCUGGACCUGCUUUCGCAUCGCACGCUGUCUCCUGCGCGGUAUCUCGCUCACCAGGCAGGGCUCGCUGCGACGACAGGAGGCCAAUCGCAGAAAGGUGGCCAAAAUGGUGAUGGUCGUGGUGGUGGCCUUCGCUGUCGCCUGGACGCCCUAUUUCCUUGUCUCAAUCUUCACACAGUUCGGGAUCAACUACCUGGAGAACCAAAACUACUUUUUCACCAUGCUCUGCAUCAAUCUCUUCGCCUUCCUCAACUCGUGCGUUAACCCUUUCAUCUACGCUGCCAUGAGUACGCGCUUCCGAAACGGAUUCCGAAGGAUCCUGCGCUCUGCCCUGUGUUGCUGCUGCGUUGCUCCAGCCCCUGGCACAGCAUUCCAGAGAGCACCCGUCAAGAAGCUGCGAAAUCGGACACCACUCCUCUUUCUCUGCAACGACACCAGCGUUCUAUCGUCGGACAGCGGCUCGCAGAGCGACAGCAUUCAGCACACGGCUGUUCAGCUACAGCAUCAGAUCUUCAGCAAGCGACCACGGGCUGGUCCUGCGUUGUCCGCUCCCCUACAAAACGGAUUAGCUCCAAGGGGCAGUUCGAGAAGAGGGAAGUCGUCUCACCUUAACGCGUCCCCGAAGGCCCUGAGAAUGCCUCGUGCACUGAGUGAUACUGCACUUUCGAAAGGGAAGGUAGAAGAACACCCUGAGACGCCCAAAAGGAGGACGUCUUCCGGGACAGUGAAAGUUACCGCGCCCCGUGUGGGAGGGGACCUUAGUAACAACAAUACACAGAAGGAAAGUGAUGAACUGAGUAGAAAGUCCCGCAGCCAAUUAGAUAAUGCCAGUUGGAAUGGAGAGAACAAUACAGUGGAGAUGUUUUAGGCAUGGGCGAAAUUAUUCUUAUUGUACAAUUGUUUCGGUGAUCGGGACGAGGAACGUCAGAGUACAGCUGUACAGAGGACCAGGAAUGACUCAGUCGCGGAGUGUGAUGUGGCCGAUUGUGCUGCCAUUCGUAUACCCACAAAUUCCGGUUCCCAAUCGCUGUCUCCUCCCACCCCCAUCUGUCUCCUCUCCUUCACGAAGUGGAACCCGAGCAAUGUCUACCCUUCUCUUGUUGUGUCGGCGUUCGUCUCUAUGUCAUCUGUGAACUCCGAUAACAACGUGUCGCCGAAUGUGACGACACCAAUUGUGAACUACAGCAUCUGAAAAAGUACACGCUUGCGCAUGUAAACGCUUCCCUGGGAACGAACAUUCGAUUCCACUGCCCGACUAGACGUUCUACAGCCUCAAAAUGAGAGGACCGUCACCGCCAGCGGUGAAGAGCCUGUCCCUUCCCCUUCCUUCUUAAAAGCCGCUGCAAAAGUCUCGCACCAACAGUCUUCGGCAUUCCAGACCUCGCGGAUUGCAUAUCCAUGAUUCAUUACUCCAGAACCUGGAAUGUGCCACGAAUGUGUACGCGGUAUUGUCUACAAUGUACCGGUACAGGUAUACCGG